AUGUCUAAUAGUGUAGUUGAGGCUUUUCCACAUGAUCAGUCCAUAAAAGAUACAGAAACACUUUUAAGUUCAUCAGGGAGGAACAGUAUGAUAUAUUUACAUUUUUUCACUUAACGGCUCUAAGCAAAAUAAAUUUUUAGCAUUAUUUUUGAUAAAAUUAGUAAGCCAUCAAUUUUUCUCAUAUAGCUUAUCAGAUUGCAAUUGAUAAGAUCAUAUAAUGCAGUAGAGAAUAAAAGAGUAAGCAAGUUAGCUCUACUCAAAAAGAUAAAAACACAUGAUGAAGAUGCUCAAUACGAAUUUAAAUAUCAUUUUAAACAAUUUCUGAUCUCCCUCGCAAUUCAUCUUAUUCAUAUAUUUAUUGGCCCAAUAUCAAUACCUGCAAUUUAUAAAAUUUUCGGAACAAAUUUAUGUAAAAACAUGUACUUCAAAAGAUCAAAGCACUAUUUGUUUGAGUUUGCUACCUAUAUUUGCACAAUUUUAAAUAUCGUAUUUUGUAUAGCUUUCCCUAGCUUAGCCUCUAAAUGAAUAGGGCUUGUUGUUUCUGCUCUUGCGAUUGUUGUUUUAAAAACUGCUUUGAUUACAAUAAAAUAUGGUUACUAUUCAGAGAAGAAGUGAAAUUUAAUGAAAAGCGAGGUCCUUGAUAAUGAUGCAUUAAAUUCAGAAUAUCUUAUGAUUUCAUGGCUUAAUAUUCCUGAAUCAAUUAUUGACAGUGAACUAGAAAAAAGUUUUAAAAGACUCGGUAAAUGCCCAAGUGAGCUUUGCUUUACGUUUGAAGCUGAGAUAAAAGAAAGCUGCCAUAAAUUUUUGACAGAUCUUAAGUCGGACCUUGGAAUAGAAACUACUCAUGACUCUGGCACUCAUACAAAUAAUACCCAAUGCUACCCUCUAAGUGUCCUUGGGAGGGUGUUGAUUAGAAAAGCUGACCAAAAAAUUCAUUUUAAAGGGGAAAUCUUUGUGAUUUUUCUUCUAGGGAUGAUUUAUUCCUCUUUACCCUUCAUAACGAUAUGCUGAAUUUAUGGAGGUUUUAAUGAAGAUGAUUGUAAUGCUCUCUUAAUUGCACUCGCAGUGACAAACUCAAUUGAAAGCUGAUUUGAAGGAUGGAGAUUGCUCAUGUUUGUAUACAUUGGAAUGCUGGAUUUCAAGAGGAGGAAUAUCUUGCUGAAUGAAUGUACAGCUAUGAUUAGUGAUUUAGAUAUAAAAGAUACAGUUUGAUAUAAUCAAGAGUUUCCAAGUGGAAAUAUGUAUGAUUUAAAAACUAUAGAAUCCUGGUAUGUCUUGAGAGUAGCUUCAUUGGAUUUUGGAAGAAAAUAUACUUAUCGAAUAUUUGCUUAUUCUUCUUUGGUUCUUCCAACGUCAGUGGCAAUGAUCGCACUUCUUUUAUUGCAAGCUUUCAGAAUUUUGGGAGGGGCUUCAAGUGGGGCAUUUAUAUCAGUAAUGUUCCUGACUAUGGUUGGACUAACUCUUACUACCUAUAUGGUUUUUUCUGGGAUAUAUUUGAAUAGAGCAUUUGGCCUGCACCGUGAUUUAAUUUUAAAUAUCAUUGGCCACAUUAUGAAAAAUUCUGAUUAUAAAGAACAAAAUGAAGAUAUCUUACUCUCCCCCUCCGUGAGCGAACAAGAUUUUUUACGGAGGAGGAUUAAUUUUUUUUUCAAAAUUUAAAAAAAUCUUAAUUCGCAAAAAUUGGAAAGCAAAUUUUUAUUUAAUUUGUAAAAUUUAUGUUUUAAAACACGAUUUGUUUAAAAUUAAAUAGAAUUAGCUCGAGAUUUCAUUAAACUAAUUAUCACUUAUAUAUCAAAAUUUUUUCCAUAAAAAAUUUUUCUAUUAAAAACAUUUUUGUUCUCUCACGGAGGGUGGGUUUUUGGAAAAAAUAGGGAUUUUUUUAAUGAUUUUGUUUGCUCACGGAAGGGGGGAGUUAGUAACUGCUAAAUGAUUGAAAUAUUUAGUCCAAAAGCUUGAACAAGACGAACUUUUAAGGCCAGUUAUGAUUAUGGGAAUCAAGCUUGACUCAGCUUUACUUACUAAAAUAGUCACAGUCUUAUUAAGUGGUCUCGUAGCAAUUGCUCAGAUGCUAUUAGGGGAUUAA